AAAAGAGGUCCGAAGAACUUUGAAUGUUGUUAUCAUCAUCAUCAUCGUUGUAAUCGCUUUUUUCUCAUCUGGAACCUGGAAUCUCCCAAAGGUCUUGUCUUUUCCUUUAGAUUGUUCUGGGUUUCAUCUGAUUAAGGACUUUUCUCGAAUUUUUUUUUCAGAUGAUGAAGAGAAUCUAAUUAAGGAUUAAAAGAAAGUAUGUGGAAACAGAUUCUAAGUAAGCUUCCAAACAAAAAGUCUUCCAAAAACGAACACCACCAUCGUGGAAGCCAUUCAUCAUCAUCAUCAUCAUCUCAUGCUUCUACUUCCAAAAGCAAUGAUAAUGGCGUCAAGAAACAACCAAUUCAUUCACAGACAAAGCACGAGAGAUCCACUUCUUCUGACGUGAAGAAUCCAAAGAGCAGCAACAACAAUGGAGUCUUCACUCCUUACGAAGCGUUACCGAGUUUCAAAGACGUUCCCAACACAGAAAAGCAAACCCUAUUCAUCAAGAAACUAAACCUGUGCCGUGUAGUGUUUGACUUCACUGAUCCCACAAAGAACAUCAAGGAGAAAGAGAUCAAGAGGCAGACAUUGCUUGAGCUUGUGGACUACGUGAACUCCGCAAACGGGAAGUUUAGUGAAGGGAGUGUUCAAGAAGUCGUGAGGAUGGUCUCUGCCAACAUCUUCAGGACGUUGAAUCCUCAGCCACGCGAGAAUAAAGUUAUUGAUGCGUUGGACCUUGAGGAGGAAGAGCCUUCUAUGGAUCUUGCUUGGCCUCAUUUGCAGCUUGUCUACGAGCUUUUCUUGAGGUUUGUUGCUUCCCCUGAGACUGACACCAAGCUGGCUAAAAGAUACAUUGACCAAUCCUUUGUCCUGAGGUUACUAGACUUGUUUGAUUCCGAGGAUCCUAGAGAGAGGGAUUGUUUGAAAACAAUACUCCACAGAAUCUACGGUAAAUUCAUGGUUCACCGUCCUUUUAUAAGGAAAUCCAUCAACAACAUCUUCUACAGGUUUGUUUUCGAGACAGAGAAACACAACGGGAUCGCCGAGUUUCUUGAGAUCUUGGGGAGUAUCAUCAAUGGAUUCGCUCUUCCUUUGAAAGAAGAGCACAAAGUGUUCCUCGUUAGAGUUUUGAUACCUCUGCAUAAACCGAAAUGCUUGCAGAUGUAUCAUCAGCAGCUGUCUUAUUGUAUCACUCAGUUUGUGGAAAAGGAUUGCAAACUUGCGGAUACGGUUAUUAGAGGGUUGCUGAAAUACUGGCCCGUGACGAAUAGUUCUAAAGAAGUUAUGUUUUUGAAUGAGUUGGAGGAAGUACUUGAAGCUACUCAGCCACCAGAGUUCCAACGGUGUAUGGUGCCGUUGUUUCGCCAAAUUGCUCGGUGUUUGAAUAGUCUGCAUUUUCAGGUUGCAGAGAGAGCUUUAUUCUUAUGGAACAACAAUCACAUAGAGAAUCUGAUAAUGCAGAGCCGCAAAGUCAUUCUCCCAAUCAUAUUCCCUGCGUUGGAGAGAAACGCGCAGAAACAUUGGAACCAAGCUGUUCAUAGCUUGACACUAAACGUGCGGAAGAUAUUCCAAGACCUUGACCCCGAGUUAUUCAAAGAAUGUCUUGCUAAGUUCAAAGAAGAUGAAUCAAAGGAAGGUGAAACCAAGGCCAAACGUGAAGCCACUUGGAAACGGUUGGAAGAAGUUGGGAUGCGAAAGGGUUAAUGUGUGGUUAGAGCUGUGUAGAGAAGAAAAAGGAGAGAGCUCUCGUGUCUUCGAUUUGGCAUGUGGUUGGUAUAUGUGCACUCCACAGGUACUUGUGAUAUCAAAAUUCCGGAGAAGCAUUGAAGAUAAGUUUCAAACUUUCAAUAUUGGUCUCUUCUUCCAAGUUCCCAUUAUUUUUAUUUUUUUUCUUGUUUCCUGUAAAAUCUUCUUGUUAAUGGUUUUAUUUUGUUGCUACAUUGUCUAUUAUGUUACUCGUUCUUGAGACUGUUCUGGUUCAUUCAUCUUUUGCUUUGAUACCUGCAAAAUUGCAGCUUUGGGGGUUUGCCACGCUAAAGAAUCAGUUUGUUGUUUGUAUUAAAUACAUUUUCCUUU